AUCGGCGCCCCAAGCUCUCCAACGGCGAUCUCCUUUUUCCGGCCAAUAUGGCCGGCCAACGGCCACCGGACCCUCCCCAGCAACCUCCUGACGUCCAGCCGGUUCCAACGAGCCUCUACACGUCGGAAACAACCACCGGGAAUGCCCCCUCUGCUGCUGCGAUUGUAGCUUCCCAAUCGCCAUUUUUUCCGGCGUUCUCCAGCGAUGCACACGUCCUUAGUGCCUUCCAAUUUCUUCCUGGCAGUGAGGCGAUCACAGGGAGCCAAUUUUCAGAUGCAGCUGUCUCCAGAAGCACCUGCAUGCAAUCGGCGACCAUGGCGGGUCUGUCAACCGGGUUGCCUCCUAUUCCCCUGGUUUUUGCUCCACCUAGUGUCGCGCACACAUUCCAACCUGUUCCCCAGGUCCAUACGACUGCAACAAGCUCUUCUCCCACUGUUUUCAUGCAUGGAGGUCCUAGGUCAGUCACUGAUGCAUUUGCGGCAAUAAUGGCGUCUCAAUCUUCUAACUCCCUCCCCCAGAUUGUGCAGCCCUUUGCAGGCCUUUCUACACAUCCUAUGACUACUAUGGUGCCUAUGCAAGAGGCCUUGAACGUGGGACACAAUGCUGUAGCUUCCAUAGCUCCUCCUCAUACCUGCGCACCAAGUGUUUGUGAAAAUGCCCCAACGGAAACUCCUUCAAUCCUGGGUGAUUAUUUGAAGGUAAAAGUACCUAUUACUACUCUUAGUCACUGCAACUGGAAGGAUAUUGAUGGUGCUGAGCUUAAAGGCCUUUUUGGAGAUGAGACUGCCAUGAUGCAUGUACCUUUGUCAUCCUUUUCUCAAUAUAAACGGCUCAACAUGCAAGGGGCUGUUAUACUUGCAUUAAUGGGGCAGAAUGGGACUGCAUAUGGGGAGUAUCCAGCUGGUGAAGUGCUUCGUCCCAUUACCCAGCCCCAUUUAUUCCAACCUUUCGAUCUUGCGUUCCCCAAACAAAAAGAGGCACGGCUUGCACAAGGGGCUGCCACUAAAGGUUCUUCCACGGAUAAUGCAGCUACUGUUUUGGUAUCCACUGCCAUGACAAGUAUUUUAGGCCCUGGACCACAUCAUGCAGCCCCUACAAUGCAGACUAUUACGCCCCAUGCACGGCAAGGAGGAGAUAAAGGGGUGUCCUUUGCCCCUACUUUGGACCAGCCUAAAGAAAAGCACGGCAUGAUUUCUCAAAAACUAGGGGCUGUUUCCUCGGCAAACACGACGGCCAUGGCCACCAAGGCAGUGGGUCCUUCGCAUAAUGGUAUGGCAGUGGCUACGGCUUCCCAUGGUGCCCGGCCAGGAGGACCACCCAACGCACCCACGCUUUCCUUUGCACAGGCCGUAGCAGGAUCUUCCACCCCAGGUAUCUCUUUACGGGCUAAUGUUUCCCGUCCUUGCGCUAUUUUAUCCAAUGUGGUCGUUGAGGAGAAAGUCCCUACUUUUCAUAGAGGUACACCUGCUGUUGUUUUUAAGAAAUCGGAAAUGCAACAACUUUCUCAAUUGGAUAAUUACCUUUUGAUUGGAAAAUUUUCUCAUGGUCGUCCUGAAAUUGCCAUUUUGAGGAAGUUGUUUGCUGCACAGUUUAUUCUUAGGGAGUCUGUUCAGAUUAGUCAUCGUGACCCACGCCAUGUUAUGCUGUUAUUCAUUCAUCCCCAGGAUUGUAAUGAUAUUUUCAUGCAAGGGCAGAUUCAGUUCAACGGACAAUUUCCCAUGAGACUGUUUAGGUGGUCCCCGGAAUUUAACGUUAAAACUGAAUCCUCCGUUGCGCCGGUGUGGGUGACGUUUCCUAAUUUGCGGGCUGAUUUGUUUAAUGAAAGUGCUAUCCACCAACUUUGUAAGCCAAUCGGGAGGUGCUUGAAAGUGGACGUCGCUACGUCCAAUUUCACACGUCCCAAUGUGGCUAAGGCUAGGGUGGAGAUUGAUUUGUUAAAGCCUAGGAUCGAACAGAUAUGGAUUGGUUUCUCUGAUCCGCCUGGCGAGGAGGAUGUGGGUGCAGGUGCAGGUGGCUCCCAUAGGGAGGAGUCGCAGUAUGUUUGGAGAGAAAAGACAGUGAAAGGAUCCAGACCUAUUGAGGUCGUGGAUGUCGAUGGUUUAGGUAAGGGGGAGGGACCCUCAUCUAGCUUGCAAGCCUUUGUGCCCACUUCUUCGCAUCCCUCCCCAAAUGUUGUUAUACCUGAUGCUAGUUUAGCUCCUUCUUCUGUUAACGCCAUUGUUCCCACACCUGUUGUGGUUGAACAGUCAACGUCUCUGACUUUAGAGCCAUCUGUUCCUCCUACCGGAGUUGAGCCAGGCUCCAUUGUUGCUUCACUUCCUCUCUCUACUUCUUCUUCCUCUCCUAUUGUACAUGUUCUCGAUCCUCAACCUCCAGAGCUGGCUCUUGCUAUGUCUAACACUUUUGAUGCUUUGGGGGAGAUGCUUGGGGACAGUCAUGAGGUCUGUGGCUUUAAUACGGCUGCAUCUUCCAUUCCUUCCAAUUCGGUGAGAAAGGAAGAUGACGAGUGUAGCUCGCAGACUAGUGAAGGGUCCACAGGUGAUCAUUUUGAGGAUCCGACUGACAUUGCCCGGGAUCUUGCAGCGAGUGGCCUUUCCCCUGCAAGGGAGGCGCCAACUACUAGGGGCAAGUCGGCUAAGAACGCCCGAAAAGCAACUGAGCAUAAGACGGGGGUGAUUCCUGCUCCACGCAGAGUCACCCGUUCCACUUCUUCGCUGGUUUAUGCUAAAUGUAAGUACAGGGACAGGGAGCCAUUGUGGGAAUACCUUAGAGAGACACAUGCCGCUCUCCCGGCUGACAUAGCAUGGGGGGUGGUGGGUGAUUUCAACUAUCUGCUCGAUCCCUCAGAGAAGAAAGGCGGCCGGCCGUAUGCUCCAGUUAAAUAUCAGCCAUUUGUUGAAUGCGUUGAGGAUUGUGAACUGGUUGAUUCUCCUUUCUCUGGGGAGGAUUAUACCUGGUUCAAUAAUCGAGUGGGUGGCAUGGAGAUUCGGAGCCGGAUUGACCGAUUGCUUUUUAACCGGCCAUGGAUGGAUAUGUUUUCUUGUUUGGUGCAUCACUUGGAUAGAGUUGGAUCUGAUCAUGCCCCACUGUUGGUGGAGUGUAAGUCUCAUGAGCGUCCUCCUGCACGGCCUUUCACCUUCCUUAAUGUCUGGACAGAGCACGAGGAUUUUCAGAGAGUGGUGGCAGAUUCUUGGCGGGAGGACAUUGCUGGCAGUCCCAUGUUCGUAUUUAGUGCUAAGCUCAAGCGUCUGGCACAUAGAUUGAAGAGAUGGAACCGAGACUCCUUCGGUCACAUCUUUGACAGGCUUAAGAAGGCCCAUGCGAAAUGGGUGACAGACGGGGAGAGGAACUCGGGGUACUUUCACUCUGUUGUGAAGGAUCGCCGGCGGAAACUAUACAUUCACCACAUACAGGAUGAUCGUGGGCAAUGGGUUACGGAGAGAGCUGCGAUUGCGACUCAGGCGAUCACCUUUUUCCAGGCUAUGUUCAGUGCUGAUCCUAGUGUUACAUCUUCGGCCUUAGACAUGAUUACACGGCUGGUCACUGAUGCGGAUAAUGACUGGCUAUGCGCUGUUCCGGAGUUGGAGGAGGUCAAGACUUCGGUCUUUGCUAUGGAUUCUAGGAGUGCAGCGGGACCUGAUGGCUAUACUGGGGCCUUCUACAAGGCCGCUUGGACGAUCAUUUGCAUGGAUUUAUUAGCGAUGGUGCAGGCUUUUUUCUUGGGCCACGAUCUGACUCGUUCUCUCACACACACUUCUAUUGUUUUGUUGCCCAAGAAGCCCAAUCCUGUGACCUUUGCGGACUUUAGACCCAUCAGUUUGUGUAAUUACUGCAAAAAGAUCAUCACGAAGAUUAUGGUUGUUCGCUUGGCUUCCGUGCUCCCUCGGCUGCUCUCCCCGCAUCAGAGUGGGUUUGUGGCGGGGCGCUCUAUCACUGAUAAUAUUCUUUUGGCCCAGGAGAUGUGUCACGGGAUGCGGGUGGAUAAUGAAGAUGUCAUUCUGAAGCUGGACAUGAUGAAGGCCUAUGAUCGGGUCUCUUGGUAUUUCUUGAUGUCGGUACUGCGCAGCUUUGGAUUUUCGGAGACUUGGAUCGAUCUGGUCUAUCGGGCCAUCUCGAAUAUAUGGUAUUCAGUCAUUAUUAAUGGGAUUCGAGAGGGCUUUUUUCAUUCGACGCGGGGCUUGCAGCAGGGAGACCCACUCUCUCCGUCCUUGUUCAUUCGAUCAGCGGAGGUCCUAUCUCGCUCUCUGGCUCAGCUGUAUACAGAUCCUACAGUUGCUCGGUUUACACAACCUCGUGAUGCACCGCAUAUCCAUCAUCUUGCCUAUGCCGACGAUAUUGUCAUCUUCACUUCGGCGAGGGGGGACACUUUGGAGAAAGUUCGAGCAGUAUUACAUUCUUAUGAGCAGAUUUCUGGACAGGCUGUCAGCCUCCCUAAGAGUGCCUUCUAUAUGCACCCUAAGGCGUUGGCACCCGUGUUGGAGUGUGUUAGAGAUACUCUUGGGUGUUCGUUGGAUGUGCUUCCUUUCACUUAUCUUGGCUGCCCUAUUUAUCAUGGUCGGAAGCGCAUUCUUUAUUUUGAGCCUGUUCUGAAGAAGAUGCGAGACAAGUGCUGUGCGUGGAUGGGGCGCUAUCUUUCCCCCGGGGAGAAGGCAAUUAUGAUUAAGAGUGUUCUUCAGGCGAUCCCGACACACUUGCUCGCUGCACAUUUCCCUCCCAAGACGGUGAUACGAGAGAUGGAGUCUAUCAUGGCACGAUUUUUUUGGUCUGGUUUGGGAGGGACACGAUGCUAUCAUUGGGGAUCUUGGAAGACUCUGGCACGACCAACGAGGGAAGGUGGGGUCGGCUUCCUUGAUUUCAUGACUCUGGCUAAGUCUUGUUCGACCAGGCUCUGGUGGAAUUUUAGGACGCAGGAUUCUAUCUGGACGGCUUUCAUGAGGGCUAAGUACUGUAGUCGUGUCCAUCCUGUGUCCAAACAGCGCCUUGAUGAUGACUCGCACACAUGGAAGCGCAUGCUAGAUGUUCGAGCCGUGAUUGAGCCUGUGAUUCGAUGGCGUGUACUCUCUGGCACGUCUAACUUCUGGUGGGAUACAUGGUCUGGACUAGGUGCCUUGCAUCGCCAGGUCGAUGGCUGCAGUGGGUACUGGACUGAUGGAUUGGGUGAUAUGUAUCGCUCUAAUUUUAUGAUUGACCAUGAUGCUCUACCCCCAGAUUUAUUACGGCAGUUGCGCCUUGAGCCGCCAUCUCUUGUUUCUGAUCAUGUGGAUAUUCCGGUCUGGACCCCGUCUACGGAUGGGAAGUUUACUCUUGCUUCUGCUAAGGAGCUUCUUAGACCGAGGAGGACUGAUGAGGUGGAGGACACUGUGCUUAAGAGGUGUUGGCAGACACACUUACCUUAUAAGAUUUCCUUUCUAGCAUGGCGCGUUUUGGAAAGGCGCCUUCCCACUGAUGAUGUCUUGGCGAGAUUUGGCUUUGCAUUGCCUUCUCGGUGCUUAUGUUGUUCGCCGCCAGAACGGGAGACCAUUACACACAUAUUCUAUCAUGGGAGCAUGGCGCGGCGUGUUUGGACUUAUUUCACAGAGUCUGCCCAUAUCCGGGGCACACAUCACAAGUUAGCUUGCUUCUUUAGAGAAGGUACCCCGUGGUACCUUCAUGAUGUAUAUGCUAGACUGCGUUUCCUCUGUUCCAUCGCGACGGUCCAGUGGUUUCAUUGUGACGUGCGGGCGAAUGGCCCGACGACUGAGUUGGCAUUGUGGGCCGUGGAUAGUACAGAGGGGACGCGGGAGUUUACUAAUCUGCAGGAUCUUGACAUUCGGCCCGGGCAGAGGUGGCUGUCCGGUAAAGGCUUUUUCCAUCUCGCACUUCAUCUGAGUGCCUUAACGACCGCGCCUGCGGUCAAAAGGCACACGUACGCGUCCGCGGUAAAGGAUGUCCGUCAGUGCUUGCGGAUUGAGGAUUUGAGCACCCGUGGCGCACACGGAAAGUGCGUAUGCGUGGUACCGUCAUCAAAUCGGUUCCCUCGUCGGGAGGCUGGGUGGGGCCCGGCGAGGUUUCUUCCGCCUGCGUCAGUGCGUGCGCGCAAGGAUCACUCUUCUUCUGGGCAUUCUCAUCAUUUUGGAUCUUUGGAUUACAUUGGAUUUCACACAUUUUGGACUUGGAUAUUUUACAUGGCUAGACUACUUCUUGGAUUAGGCCAUUUCGGUUGGGCUGGUUUCGGAAUUGGGCGACUUGGGUUUCGGCCGGACUUGGGCUACUACGGGCAAGAGACUAGACUUGGAUUGCAUUGGGCCGUGGCUGCUGAGCUUCGGUGGAUGGGCUGCUCGGUGGUUUGGGCGACGCUGGAAUUGAUUACUUUGGGCUGUCUUUGGAUUGGGACGAGCUGGAUUGGGCUGCUUUUGGACUCUCAUGAUCCGCGAUGGUGGGAGAUGGCAGCUGUACGAGGUCUCGCGACUGUAGUUGGGGCUGGUGGCAACACAACUGCUGGUGGAGAUGGUGCGGUUGGGGGCUGGGGUAGCAGAGGGGAGGCUCUUCAGAAUUUUGGACAUUUCAUGUCCAUGUUCCAGCAGCCGGGAGGGUUUUCACUUUUCAAUCCGGGAUUGUAUCCACAAUCCUCGCCUCAAACUAACGUCAUUCGCCCGAUCGUUCCGACAAACCUGAUCGGGGAGAUGGAUAAAGCUGGUCCAUCCCGGUCUAGAAGGAGCCGGUCCCGUAGUUCAAAGACAAAGGUGACCUCGGACGGGGAUGUGCGUUCAGUGCACAGCAAAGACGAGGAUUGGAACGUCCCCCAGGCGGUCAAGAAGUUGAAGGGAAAGGCAGUUCAGCCAGAAAGAUCUAGGAGGUCGGCCUUUCAGAGACUUGGCCAUCAUGGCCGAAAUCAGAACCGGUCAGCAAAAGAGCGGCUUGGGGUAGAAACCAUUCCAGCUAGUGCCUUUAAUCGUGCAGGGAGAGGAGCCGGACGACCUGGUCAGACCAGGCGAACGGAACCAUCCCCACGCGAUGAGCCCCAGCACAGCCGGGCACCACGAGAGGAAGAAGCCGAAAGCCACCCCAGGCACACGACCCGUUCACAUGUUGAACAACCUCGGGAUUGUGUGGGCCGGGUCGAGGCACGUCUGGAGAAACUACAACGCCGGGUAGACCGAGAAGAAAAGAAGAAGAUUCUGCUGAACGAAUCUCCGUUCACAGACCGGGUUCAUGAAACACCAUUUCCAAAGAAGGCGAAACUUGAAGUCCCGAAGUUCACCGGGAAGGAGGACCCGGAAAUUCACGUCAAAACCCUCCAUCAAAGUGGGCGGAUGAUGGGUCUUUCCGGGGAUGAGAAAUGUUUGCUUUUCUUUCAGACCCACCGCGGCCGAGCCGCCGAGUGGUUUCAUAACUUACCAGCCGGUGAAAUCGAUUCUUUCGAUGAACUGGCUGAGGUGUUUCAAGAAAAGUUCAAGGAAAACUGUACCAAGAGGAAAAAGUUUACCUACUUGAGUACAGCCGGGUAGCGAGAGCACGAGGAUCUGACAAAAUUCCUCACCCGGUGGAAGGAUGAGGUUGACAAGGUGGAGGAGAUGGACGACAAGACAGCAAUGUCCCUCCUUGUAUCCGGGCUCCGGUCCGGAGAACUAUACAAAGAAAUCUGCAGGAGGCCUCCCCAGUCCUAUCAAGAGGCCUAUAACACGGCCUGGGACUAUGCUGACGCUGAAGCCCAGGUGUCAUCCAAGAGGGAAGCCGAGCAGGGCCACUCAAAGGGAAAAGUUUCCUUGAAAAAGGAAAUUACAUUGCCCGGUAAGAUAAAAGCAUAAGUCAUGG